AUGGUCUCAGUGCAGGGCGCCAGUGACCCACGAUACCUGGGCUCCACCUCGGGCAUCUCCUUUGCCCGCGUCGUGUUUGCUGCAGUCAAGAGCUCCGUGUCUGGCUCGUCGUCGGAGCGUGGGAGCAAUCGCGGCGGCAAGGCGACCAGCAAUGUGGUCGACAGUGGCACUUCCAUGCGCGACUCGUUCUUUGGCCUGCAGACCAAGCCAUCCAUCCGCCAGGCACCCUUUCCCGACCGCGAGCUGGGUUCGCGUCUUGUUGAGCUCUACUUUGAGCACGCCAACCCGCAGAUCCCAAUCCUACACCGCGGCGAGUUCAUGGACAUGUUUGAGCGUGUGUACACGUCGGGAGAGCGGCAUCGCACAUCACGCGAGUCGUACAUGCUCAACAUUGUGUUUGCCAUAGGCGCCGGCAUCAUACUGGGCAGCUCGGACGCUCAGGAGUCGCCCAACUCCGAUCAUACUCGCUCGCCCAACAGGUCGCGCUCGUCCCCGCCAAGCCACAAGAAGCGGCGAGUGGCAGGCGUCCAGCACCAACCAGAGGAAUACCAUGCGUCAGCGAUUGUGCACCUCGAAAACUUCCUUGGAUCUUCGCCCGCAGCGGACCGGCCCGACGGCUUCGGCGGGGGACUGGAAGAGCUGCAGGCUGUACUCCUUCUGGCCGGUUUUGCGCUACUUCGUCCCGUUGCCCCUGGGCUGUGGUACAUUGUGGGUGUCGCUGUCCGUCUGGCCGUCGACCUGGGUUUACAUUACGAAGACGGUGUAGGCAUUGAUGGGCAUGGCUCGGAGGACCACCCUACUGGGAAGACGGAAUUCAAGACAGAGGCCAAUAAUGGCCAUGGCUCAGCCACGGCUACCAGCACCACUGCGAUGCCCUCCAAGGUGGAUGCAAAGGAACGAGGCCGCAGACAGUGGGUCAGAGAUUUACGCCGGCGUCUGUGGUGGUGCGUUUAUUCGCUGGACCGUCUUGUGAGCACUUGUGUUGGCAGGCCUUUUGUAAGUUAA